GGGUUGAUAAGGAUGAGGAUGAGGAGUAAGGAUGAGGAGUGUAGUAAAUUGUAAAGUAGUGUAUAGAUUAAACGAUAGGGUGUAAACCUGCUGAACCACCAGGUUUUUCUUGAGCAGUAGAAUUCCCUGCCUGAAAUUCUUUGCGGUUUCAGUCGCCUCUCUUUUGUUGCUUUUGCCUCUGUCUUGACUUGAGUGGCAACCGGUCGUGGCGUCACCCAUGACAUUCCGAACUCUCGUUUUGAAGCCUCCAGAAUUGCAAUUUGUUCCAGGAGAAAAGUUCAGAGGCUUGUAAUCAGCUGUCAAUCACACUGGUGUCCACUCAUGUGCCAUACUUUCUGUUCUAUUGAAGAAGACCUGAAACUAGUAAUUGAGACCAGAAACCCAUCAUAGAAUGUUUUUACUGACAUUGUAAAUUAUGGAAUAAGAUUUUUUUUAAUCAUUCAAAAAUAUUCUAUUUUAUUUGUUUGAAAAUACACUGUUUGCAAUGAUCCAAAUUUUGUCUCUUUUAUGGUCCCUGACUUGUUCUUUGCGGCGUGUUUUUUUAUUUGCACUUUUGACAAUGGGCGGGUCUUAGGAAGCUGCUUGCUGAUUGGCUACUGAGAUUAUUUUGUCAGAUGUCGACGGGGAAAACGACAUAGCCUUUACCGCGACAUUUUUUUACUUGUUAUAUAGUCUUACCAGGUCAUCUUGGCCCUUUUUCCAUUAUUUUUGCAAACGGUGCAGUCUGCCCCCUGGUGUCUGUUCAAUAUAUUGCUAUUCCCGUGUUGGAUUUCAAGUUUUUGUUCCUUUUACUUCAUCCUUUAUUAUCAUUAUUCAUUAAUUAUUCUCAUCUUUUAUUCCGAGGGAUGAGCUGACUCGAUACUAAGUGUUGGUAUGGUGCAAAUACUGGCCAAAAUCAUUCAAUCAGAUACUGGAAAAAUAAAUCUGAUGCUGUCAUAAACAAAUGUCUCCCAUGCAGUUGGAGCUUUAGCUGGUUAUAGCUGGGUAUUACCAGCUAAGUUAAUUAAAAGACAUAAAAUACUGUCUAAAAUUGAGCUCGUUAUCGGUACAUGCUCAAGGUUGUGAUAUUGGUAUCACAUCAGACACAAAAAGCAGUAUCAGGUUAUCCUCAGGCAAAACAGUUUUUGUUACAUAACUUUGUAUGAGAAGUGUAAUCGACUGAUUCAGUACUCUGUAUUUACUCAAAUAUGAGUAUAUACGAUACAUAAAGUAUUCCGCUAACUGCAAACUGAGAUUUGCUCAAUUAAGUAAGUGGACAGCUCCUUUGUUUUUACAUUUUCCCAGCUGCUGUAAAACAGUUUCCAGAGUGAGUGUAUAUUUGCUGUCACCGUGUUUAUUGCUGUAAAAUUGGAUCAGAACCAGUGGAUCUGCUGACUAAAGAACUGCAGUUACAGAACUUCGGAAGACGAGAGCUUGUUGGUUUUCUGGCUUGUAGUGCAGUGAUGCAGACAGAAUUUGUUCCAAAAAAGAUAAAGCCCUUGCCUUUUAAAUAAUUCCACGAGUUUCUCGGAGAGAUCGAGUCUCCGACACAUCUGUCGCUGUGUUCUUUGCCUCUCAAACGAGGAUGUGGUCUUUGUUUGAGCUGAGUCGGGUUGCCAGGUUUCACAGCUAUUUGGAUGCCACUGCUCUUUAGCAACACUUAAAGGAAACUGAUCUUCAUGUACAAUAAGGCAUUUGUUGCAUCCAGAGAUGAAAAACUCUCAUUCAGACCGCAAUAAAAUGAUGCUGUUUGCCCUGGUUUUAAAUAUGGUGUUAGCAUGCCCACAGGAAGAUGCUAUAUAGCUGAAACAGCCUUUAAUUCCAAAUGCAAUAGCCGUAAUAAAUGUCCUUCAUUAUCAGUGUGUGAGUGUUUUCUAGUUGUUGUAUUCUGAUUGACGUGAUAUGUUUUUGAAUUACUCUGUGAAGCCAAGGUUCUAGGAAAGUACAAACAUUCAUGAUACAUCUUGUGUCACAAUAAAGAAAACAAUCAAUUGCCCCUCAACGUGACAAUGUGUUGUUCUUAUCUGACUUAAAAUCACUCAUGUGAUUGCUGCGAACAGUGAAUUCCACACAAAUUCAUCAUCAUGUGCUCUUCUCCGUCUCUAGUGUCCCCUCCUCCUUCAGAGUGUGAGGUGGACGGGCUCCCCGGUGGUUACGGGUCCAGGGACACCAUCCUCACACCUGCUGUUAAGAAGGACUGGAAGAGACGCAGGCGUGAGCACCUCAAACGUAUCGACAGCUGCAGCAGCUGGGAUCCAGGCCACGCUGAGGCUGGCAGAGGGAAACCGCAGCCUGCAUUUGAACUGAGCGGACGAGUAGCCAUGCGGUGCUCCACCCUGCUCGUUAUCUUCACCGGGGUGAUGCUGUACUUGGUGCUGGGCGCUGUGGUGUUCCGCACCCUGGAGACUGAGCAAGAGGAGGGUAUCCACGUUAAGCUGCAGCACACACGCCGGGAGUUCUUGUCGGACUUCAGCUGCGUGGAGCCAGACAACCUUCGGUCUCUCAUAGAGGAGGUGGUCAAUGCCAUCGGUGCAGGUGUGGAUCCUAUCAACAACACCACCUUUGUCAGCCAAUGGGAUCUAGCCAGUGCCUUUUUUUUCUCAGGGACAAUCAUCACAACCAUUGGUUUUGGAAACAUCUCCCCAAAGACAGAAGGAGGCCAGCUGUUUUGUAUUUUCUACGCCCUGGUGGGAAUCCCAUUGUUUGGUAUCCUGCUCGCUGGUGUCGGAGACCAUCUGGGUACCGGGCUGAGGAAAGCCGUUGCCAAAAUAGAGACUCUCUUCCUGAAAUGGCGUGUCAGUCCCACUAUUGUGCGAGUGAUCUCCGCCGUCCUGUCCAUCCUGCUGGGUUGUCUGCUCUUUGUUGCAGUACCCAUCCUAGUUUUCCAAGAAGUGGAGCAAUGGACUCUUCUGGAGUCAGCCUACUUUGUAGUCAUCACCCUAACAACAGUGGGGUUUGGAGACUAUGUUGCAGGAGAUUCUGGCAUAGCAGGGAGCGACCACUGGUACAAGCCUCUGGUGUGGUUCUGGAUCCUGCUGGGUCUUGCCUACUUUGCAUCUAUCCUGACUAUGAUUGGUAACUGGCUGCGGGUUCUCUCUAAGAAGACCAGAGCUGAGAUGGAAGAACUACGAGCCCAUGCCACUGACUGGACUCAGAACAUCCAGAACAUGUCAGUGGAUUUUCGCAUUCCAGGAAAAAUCGAUGACCCCUUCAAACGCCGCAGGAGAAAGCGCCGCCAUGGCUCCCGCAGUCAUGGUCACAGUGUAUCAGCCACAGGGGCUCCUGAUGGGCGAGAAGUGCAACAAGAGAAUGAAACGGAAUCCGGAUCGUACUCCUCUUCCUCCUCUUCUGCCUCCUCCAACGAAUCAGGAUCUGGAACAGAGACGGACUCUCAGGUCACUCAGACAGAACGAGUGCCUGAAGAAAAAACAGAAGGAGGAAAGGAGGAAAUUGCUCGUAAUCCCCACCUGUCUCAGCCUCUGGACUACUUUGGGGAGAACCUUGCGUUUAUUGAUGAGUCAUCAGAUGCUCUGAGUGGUAAACUACAUUUGGACCCGCUGCUGGAUUCAUCGCAAACCAACUCUGCUCGCUCUCGUCAGCCAAAGAGGAGACGCCACAGGCGGCCUGUUCCACAGAGAAGCUCCAAAAACAUCAGCUCCGACCCUGACAAAAAGGAGCCCAAUGGAAACACCACACCCGUUCCAGAUCUACCCCUGAACCUUAAGGUUUGAGCGAGGAGCUGAAAACCUACUGCUGCAACAAGAGAAGUUUUGGAAAAACCUGACACAGGAGUCCUCAGCCUUGUAAUUUAUUUGUGUAUAUAUACUGCUUACUUACAGACACUUAAGAUGAAAACAUAUUGCAGAUGCCUUAGCCACUUGUGGUUUGCAUUUAAUGCCCUUUAGCAUGUGAGUGUGUAUGCCUUAAUCAAAGAUGAUGAUAAGUGUUUUUAUAUGCCAAUGUUCCCUUCACUUCACCAGGAGCUACUGCUCUCUACUGGGCCAAGAGAGAAGUGCACCUCCAUUGUCUCCACAUGAGGGCUCCCUGCUUUUUACUAAUACACAUCAGAGCAAGAGGAAACAGAGAUGAACGAAAACCUGUUUGGCCAGAAACGUAGCACAGUAAUGUUGCUGUUAGUUGGAGACUGUUACUCUCCACUCCUGCCAACAAUCACACGGGUAUUAAACAGGCUCUUACAUGUUGUUGGUUUGCAACAAAACUUUUCUAAAUGCCGUGUAAACAACCAUAAUAUUUGCAUUUUGAUGGCCAAAUGCAUUAACCCCACUGUACUGCAAACGUGUAAUAAAUAUUUUGAAGUAAA